AUGCCUUCCUCUUACAAAAUCCGUAAACUGAUCAAUCCAUUCGUCGGUGACGCGUUCAACCCCGCGAGUGUGCCCGAGCUUCCGGCCAUCCGACAAGUGUUGGCCAGAGCGUUCUCCGGUGGUGAGAUUGAGGCUUUUUCCCUCUUAGUUAUCGACUUUGAAUGUAUUAUCACCCCAGCUGCCUUCGUCGCCGUCGCGACGGGCCACGACCCAGACGACCCAGACACGAGCUACGUCGGUCCCUUCUACGAAGCCAGUGUCAUUGCGGCUCUCGUUGGUGGCGGAGAGGUUUACAUUGCCGAAACCGACGAGACGGAGAAGGAAAUCGUUGGGUGUGCGGUGUGGUUUGGCCCAGGCCAUUCCAUAUACGACUCCGAAGCCCAGCGCAAGUAUGCAUUGUCGCCGUUCAUGGAAAGAUUGAGCGAAGAGCAGCGAGAGUGGUGGCAGCUCGAGUUCGUUCCCAAGUUCAGGGAGCUCGUCAAGAACAACCUCGGUGAUGGAACCAAGCACAACGCCUGGCACCUGCAGACCCUCGGCAUCGAUCCAGCUCACCGGCGUAAAGGUCUCGCGAAGGCUCUGAUGCAGGACGUGAUCGCAAAAUCAACCGGGGUGCUCAAAUGCUUAGAAUUUGGGACAGAGACCAGUAAUCUGAAAAUCUACCAAAAGAUCGGUUGGAAGCAGGCUGAAUACUCAGUCGAUUUCAACAGCAGAAGGGGCAAGUGCGGGAUGGGGGUAAUGACAAUGUAAAGUUGACACAAACGUUGUACACAGACAUACAUACUACAAUUGUUGUUGUAGAAAGUUCGAGAAAGCGUUCCAAAAAGAGCAAAUUACACAAAUUACAGAG